UGAGACAUCGAACGGCCGGCGCAAUGUGGCCUGGAGUACCACUGUUACUGGUGUUACUAGCGGUGCUGCUGCAUCCAUCGAGAUGUAAAGAGCCAAAAGUGAACUUUCGAGAGAAAGAGAAGCAAGUGCUCGACAACAUCCUAGGACCAGGCCGAUACGAUGCGCGCAUCCGGCCGAGCGGGGAGAACGGAACAGAUGGGCCGGCCAUUGUCCGGGUAAACCUGUUUGUGCGAAGCAUUGCGACAAUUAGUGACAUCAAGAUGCUACUUUUGACAAUAUUAUCGUUGGGUUGGGUUAUAGACAACUUUUUACUUUGCAGUGGCGAGAUCACGCAUUUAAAAGUGGGCGAUGUCAAAGACACGACGACGAUGACACACGAUGACGAAGACGAAAACGAUAAUGACGCCGACGAGGACGAUGACGACGAGCACUACGUGUCCGACGUCUUGUCCUGGUUCAUGUAG